UGUCGCCUUAUAGCUGUCCCAGGAGCCACGGCGGCAGUUGGAGUUGGUGCCCAUGAAGGAUGAGGAAGGCCAGGCUCUGGGGGCUGCUGUGGACGUCCUUCAUCUUAGAACUCCAAGGUGCGCCCAAAUUAGAGGAGAUAAAGUAUACUCUGACCGAGGGCCAGAGCCUGAGUGAGAGCUGUCCCUUCAAUGUGGGGAAGUACUUCAGCAUCCGGAAGGCGUGGCAGAGGCUGGGAGACAGAGGGGAGCUCCAGACACUGGCAGUAACAGACAAGGUCUCCGGGCUGAGCUCCAAAGUCCACGUGGACAGGUGCUCCCUAGAAGACAUCCCCAGUGAAGGCAUACUGCAUGUCCAUAUGACCGACCUGCGAGUGGAGGACUCGGGACUGUAUCAGUGUGUGAUCUACCAGCCUCCCAAAGACCCCGUCCUGCUGCACCAUCCCAUACGCCUGGUGGUGACAAAGGAUCCUGCCCAGGAUUUGGCUCAGGGGUCCACUCUUCCUCCUGUUACCACCAAGGCCCGGGUCAAGACUCGUAUCAACCCCAGUCCUGUGACCCAGCUCCUGACCAUGUCGACUGCCGGCCUCGGAGUCAACCCCACACACGGGACAGAUGUCCUCAAUAUGGAGCCCAGGAUCUCCGUGAUCAGCAUCGUCACGAUCGUGCUGUGUGGAAUCCUCAGUAAGAGCCUGGUCUUCACUUUCUUGUUGAUCGCCACACAGAGGUCAUUUGGCCGCUAAGUCCAUGACCCCGGAGAAUGCCCUGCGACCUCCAUCCACGUCCAUCUGGCAGUUGUGCCAGAAGAAGCAUGUGAAAGCGAGG